CCUCUCUUCUUCAAGCUUCACAGAAACCACCCUCCUCCUCCUCCUCCUUCUCUUUUUUAAUACUCCUGCCUUUUUUCUCAGAGACAAGAGCUCUGAGAGAGGAUCCGUCGUUGUGCUAGUCUCACUCUCACACUACAUCCGAUCGUCUCCGAGUUGCUUCAGUUUGAUUAUUCUGGAAUUGAUGGAUCAGUACGAGAAAGUUGAGAAGAUUGGUGAAGGUACUUACGGUGUGGUUUAUAAGGCACGAGACAAAGUGACCAAUGAGACUAUAGCUUUGAAGAAGAUCCGGCUUGAGCAGGAGGAUGAAGGUGUACCUAGCACAGCUAUUAGAGAAAUCUCCCUCUUGAAAGAAAUGCAGCACAGCAACAUUGUCAAGUUGCAGGAUGUAGUGCACAGCGAGAAGCGUUUGUAUCUGGUUUUUGAGUAUCUUGAUUUAGAUCUCAAAAAGCACAUGGAUUCAACUCCUGAUUUCUCCAAGGAUCUACAUAUGAUCAAAACAUAUCUUUACCAGAUUCUCCGUGGAAUUGCGUAUUGCCACUCUCACAGAGUUCUCCAUCGUGAUCUAAAGCCACAGAAUUUGUUGAUUGAUCGCCGCACAAACUCACUAAAGCUUGCAGAUUUUGGACUGGCCAGAGCAUUUGGUAUCCCUGUCAGGACGUUUACUCAUGAGGUGGUUACUCUCUGGUACCGAGCACCAGAGAUACUCCUAGGAUCUCAUCAGUACUCUACACCCGUUGAUAUCUGGUCUGUGGGAUGCAUAUUUGCUGAGAUGAUCAGCCAAAAGCCCUUAUUUCCUGGAGACUCCGAGAUUGAUCAACUCUUUAAGAUUUUCAGAAUCAUGGGAACUCCAUACGAGGAUACGUGGCGUGGGGUAACUGGUCUGCCAGAUUAUAAAUCUGCUUUCCCUAAGUGGAAACCAACGGAGUUACAAAGUUUUGUCCCCAAUCUAGAUCCCGAUGGAAUCGAUCUCCUUUCUAAAAUGCUGAUAAUGGAUCCGAGCAGAAGAAUCAACGCAAGAGCCGCCCUGGAGCAUGAAUACUUCAAGGAUCUUGGAGUCAUGCCGUAGAAAGAGAUAAAACCAAUUUGCAGCCGUCAGAUCGGCGUCACGGAGCUCCGAGUUCUAGUGGUGGUGGAGAUGAGCUGAUCAGAACUUACAAAGGCUGGAAAGGGA